UUUGCAAGGGCCCACCCCACCGGAGAUCUGAGCCGCGAGCCGUCGAUUCGCGAUGGCAUGGCCCCUGGAGCGCGAGACGCUGGGGGAUCUGCUCUUCCGGCACCGGCAUGCGGUGGCUGCCCUGCGGGCCUCCCUGCAUGAUGAGCUGGAGGCUCAGCCUGCAGAUGAGGUCUGGCUGCUGCGCUACGUGUUGAGCUUCCAGGACGAGCCGCAGACUGCAGCCGCGUCGGCGGCCAAGGCAGCCCUGGCGUGGCGCAAGGAACACGCGGGCUUGGUGGCAGCGGCAGCAGCACGGCAGGCCCCGAGCGACUUCUCAGAUGAGGAAUUGUCGGCCAUCUACCAGUGCUUUGUCGCGGGCUAUUUCUGCUGUACCCAGUUCGGGGACCCCGUCUUCCUCUCCCGUCUCAGCGCCUACAACUUGAAGCGCCUCAUGGAGAAGGUCUCCGAGCCCAAGCUGGAGCUCUGGUUCAACUUCACCAACGAGUGUGCGUGGCAAUACUGCGAGGCGGAGACGCGUGCGCGCCAAUACUUUGUGAAGCAGAUCAACAUCCAGGACUCUGAGGCGGUGAGAAUGGCGCAAAACCGGCCCUUCUUGCGAGCCCUCGGCAAUAGCUCGAAGGUGAACGACUGGCUGCGCCCGCAGCUUUUUGGCAAGACCUACGUCUUCAAUCCACCGGUCUGGUUGUCCAUGGCGCACCGGGUGGCUGGCGGCAUCAUGAGCCGCAAGUCUCUGGCCAAGAUUUGGGUUCACCCUGGCUCUGUGAACGCCAAGACCGGCGAAGAGAACGGGCUCUGCCCAUUUGCGCAGCAACUCUUCGGGGAUGCCUCGGUGCUGCCGACUUUCCUGGGCGGCCGCUGCAGUGCCGAAGCCUUCCCAUCGGCGCCCCGCUCGGAAUCCUCAUCUUCGCCCCCGCGGCAGCCGCCGCUGCUGGCGGGCUUGCCCCCGGUAGAGCGCCAGGCGCCGCAGCCGCAGAGCGAGCGAGAGGACUCGGACUUGGUGACCUUUCAGUCCGCGGAGGACCUGAUCGCGAAGCAGGCCCUAGAGGGCUCGCAGCUACCGGUGAGCCUGUCCAUGUGCUCGGCGGUCACGGCGCGAGAGGUGGCCGAGCGAAGCGAGGAGGAGUCUUCCUGGCCGCCCUGGUGCCGGCGCGUGUGCUGCUUCCGUCGGCGCCGGCGGUCGGUCUCACAGCCGCUGAUUUGAGGGUGGGAGAAUUGGCAGAUGGCCACAGGGUGAAAUUGACACGAAUCAAAGGCCAGGAAGAGGCGUGCGGCGGUGUCUUCCUCUAGGCCCACAGAAUGGCCUCGGUUGUCCUUCUGGUUUCCC